AUGCGCAUCGAAAAGUAUCCUUUAUCUCCGCCAACUUUGGAGGAAUUGGCGGAUAAACUUCAAGCCCCCUUGGCAGCCAAUUAUGAGCACUCCACAGUGAGUGUCGUGCCCUGCCCGGAUCUUCGGCAAGCGCCCUAUCAUCUAGCUACUCAGGGGUUAUCAGGGGACGAGAAGAUAGCAGAUGUAGGAGGUCAACCGAAUUUAUUCCCGCGCCCCAAGAUGGAUUGUGUUUGGUCCAUGGCUGAGCUUGCGGAGGCUAUGGACAUGGAUCCCGCGAAGGGGGGAUUACUCGGUGCUGGAGCUGGCCCGCAUCCUGUCGUCGGGCAGAACUGUGAGCUUGCGCCAAAUAUUGGCUGGCAAGGCAGCUUUGAGAGUGUCAAGAAUGAGAGUCGUUAUGCAAAGAUCGACAAGGAGACAAGCGCUGUCCAUGUCGAGAAGAGUCCUUCUUUGGACUGCGCCUUGAUGAUCAACUUAUUCGGCUCCUCAGGCAAUCCGGGACCAGUGAUCAAGAUUACAGCUCGGAAGAGAACAGGCUCUGAGAGAAGUUUUGCAGAGUGUAUCCGAAAAGGUCUCCAUCAAGCAUACAGCGAUUCGCAGACCGUCAGUCUCGGUGGACUCUUCUUGGUCAAGAACGGCAAGGCAAAAUACCAUAUCAUGCCUGACUUCCCAGCCGAGAAAGACUUGCCAUUUAACCAUCGUAAAGAUGUGGAUAAUUGGUUGACCUUCCACAACUUUGACGCACCAAUGCUUUGUUUAUCGGUUUUGCAUUCAGCUGAUCCUGGAGGAAAGAUGGGCUUACGGAUUGAGCAUACGCAUUGCUACGCUGCAGACGGGAAAAAUGCUGGAGGUCAUUAUCAUUAUGAUUUGGACGAUACGGAGGAUGAUAUUGAGUAUGAGGCGUAUUUCAAUACUGCCAAAAUGAUAUAUCGACUGGACAGACCAAACUGA